AUGGCAGCAGUAACAGUGACCGCGACAGUUCCGCAGAAGGGGAAGACGGAAGAUGCUUCUGCCUUGUACGAGUCUCCAUCUGCUCACAUUAUUGAAGAAACCGAAUACGUGAGAAAGAUUCGAGCUACUCUGGAAAAGAUCCGAAAUCAAAUAUUUAGAGAUGAAGUAAGACAUAGCAGUACAAAUCACAAACUAGAUGCAAAGCACUGUGGAAACAUUCAAAACGGCUCUGACUCUGCAACGGAUCCCUCUUGUGGCAGUUUGGAUCUGCUCAUGGAAAGGAUAAAAGGGAAAGACCUGCAGCUCUUAGAAAUGAAUAAAGAGAAUGAAGUGUUGAAAAUCAAGCUCGAAGCCUCCAGAGAAGCAGGAGCAGCGGCUCUGAGAAAUGUGGCCCAGAGAUUAUUGGAAAACUAUCAAACCCAGUCUGAAGAAGUUAGAAAAAAGCAUGAGGACAGUCGGCACUUCCUCCAGGUUGACAAACUUGAAAAAGAACAGAAAUUGAAACAACAUGUUGAAAAUCUGGAUCAAAUGGCUCAGAAGCUUGAAGAAAAACAUAAUCAAAUUACAGAGUUGGAGAAUCUUAUACAGAGAAUGGAAAAGGAAAAGAGAACACUGCUAGAAAAAAAGCUGUCUUUGGAAAACAAGCUGCUGCAUCUCAAAUCCAGCGCUACAAAUGAUAAAAGUUGCCAGGAUCUUCAAAAGGAGAUUUCCCUCCUCCAGGAGCAGAUCUCGCACCUGCAGUUUGUGAUUCACUCCCAGCAUCAGAACCUGCGCAGCGUCAUCCAGGAGAUAGAGGCCUUAAAAAAUAAUUUAAAAGAACAAGAUAAGAGAAUUGAAGAUCUGCAAGAAAAAGUGAACAUACUGGAAGCCCAGAACAAAGAACUAAAAGCCAAGGUGGCACUCUGGCCUGAAACUCAUAGGACGAAGGUAUCUAAGGCUGUCUCUACAAGUGAACUGAAGACUGAAGGGACAACCCCAUAUUUGAUGUUGGUUAGACUACGGAAGUGA